ACGUGAACAAUUGACCGUUCGAAGUGCUCCCCAAUGAUAACGUAUAUGAGAGUACAUUAUUCUCCACGUUCGAACACGACUGUUUGCUACUGAACGCGCUGCCGACACCAUCGCCGCAUUACUGUGUUCAUCGUUCAACCGAGUUCAGGCUAGUCAACGGUUGCCAUGGAUCUCACAUACUUGAUAGUAGUCAUUAUUGGAGUAUGGUGUACAGUACCGUCUAGUUUAUCUUUACCGGCACCAUCAGAAUCGUCUACAACGUCGCCCUCGGAACAAUCAUCGUCUUCGUCGCCGCCACCGCCGUCAAGCAACAAGCGAGGUCGUUCGUUGUUCCAUCAACCGUCGUACUUGGAUAAUGUUGAUUACAAUUCGCUGCACUUUAACGGCGGCGGGUUGCAAAACGAAGAAGAAGACCUUCUGUCCAAUAGAGGGCUACCAGCAAAGCCAGACUCACCCGUAUACUUUAUACGAUUGCCGCCUCAACCUUAUGUAUUCGUUCCUGGUUACGGUUAUGUCAGUCAGCCGACAAGGUUGGAGCCUCCUCCGUUUUUACAAAGGCCGACAUCACCAUUCCUCAACUUGCCUCUAGAAUACGUAUCCAACGCCAAACCCGUAGGCAUGUACACCCUCCCACAGAAACCACAAAAGCAGAACAAGCCUAAGCCACAGCGACGACCACCAACCACCACUACUGCACCAGAUUCCAAUAUUUACAACUUGAACAAAGGUCCAUACGAUUUCAACGGGAGACCCUCUGACGUGUUCCUAUUACAGAGUGCCUACGACAAUCUUUACUCCGAAGUACUUCAGAAUAUUUAUCCUUAAUGCGUUUCACACGAUUUGCGCGAGAAAUCGUCGACUUUAAAUUUCAAAUCAAAAAUAUACUUGACGAUAUUGUUAUGACACGCUGCGUACUUUAUUUAUAUAUUAUUUAAAUAUUUAUUUAUUUAAGGUUGUUAUUGUUAAUUAAAUUUUUAUAAUUUAUUUUUUUUAGAAAUAAUUGUGUUAAAAAUAUUAAAUAUAAACUUUCUUGCGAACUAUUAUCAUUGUAAAUAUGUUUAUAUUUUAUAAACUUCGAAAAGAACGUUACAAUCUAUCCAACAUUUCUUAAUGACAAAACAAAUGUUUUCUUAUCAUUGUUAUCUUUAGAAAAACACGAAAUGUAUUUAAAGUACUUAUAUUUAAAUAAUGAAAUGAAAACAUUUUUAUUUCUAGAACCGAAAAAUAACAACAGAAUGAAUAUUUCUUCUUGGUGUUAUUUAAUAAUUAAAAUUUACCAGUAAUAUAUACUCUAAUUAUUAUAUUUAUAUUGUGUAAAUUAAAAUAUAAUAUAGUUAUUCCAAUAUUCAUUACAAUUAUAAAUAGAUUUUAAUAGAACAUUAUAUUAUCAUUUGUCUUCAGAGGUGGUUUAAGGUAUUUUGUUGCCCCUUACAGUACAGAUGUAUAGACACCGCCUUUUAUUUUUUUAAUAAACUUUUCUUUCUAA